AGCUCAGGAGGAACACUUGAAGGCAGCAAAAGUUCAGUGUACAGAGAGUUCAGUCCACAUCUUUGGCCAUGGAGAAAAAACACAGCAGUACGGACACCAACUUUGCCCCAGAUCCAGGGGGGGCAGGAACAACACAAGAUGUCCCAUGUGACCAAAACCCAGAGGAAAUUAUCAGCAGACAGCUGAGCGAACAAGGCCGGUUUGCUUAUGCUGCACUGUGUGGAGUCUCUUUGGGCCAGUUGUUUACUGGACCUGAAAACAGUAUGUUCAGGGACCAGUACCUGCAGGGCUUGGUCCGCUGGCUGGACCUGGAUGAGUCAGUGAUGCCUGUCAUGGGGGCUUUCCUGUCAGGCCUGGGCUUUGAGGGCUCCGACACCUUCCUCUCCAUCCUACAGGCGGAACCACUGCUGGCUGAAGGGGCCACCCCCAUCAUGCAGGAUCUGGUGUCUUUUUCUGUCAAAGACGGCCAAUAUGAUGCCAGAGCGAGGGUUCUCAUCCGUCAUGUCAGCUGUCUGCUUCGAGUCUCUCAACAGCAGUUAGAGGAGUUUGAGGAAACGCUGGGAGAGAGGCUGAGGGAAGGAGGAGAGGAGAGCGAAGAGGAGUCCUCUCGGCGGCGGAGGAGAGAAAGGGGGCGAAAGUUACGCCGCUACCUCCUCAUUGGACUAGCCACCGUGGGCGGAGGAACAGUGAUUGGUGUGACAGGUGGGCUCGCAGCCCCCUUGGUGGCAGCAGGGGCUGGUGCCGUGCUGGGGGCUGGAGGGGCUGCGGCUCUAGGCUCAGCUACUGGUAUUGCAAUCAUGGCCUCCCUGUUUGGAGCUGCAGGGGCUGGACUGACUGGUUAUAAGAUGAAUAAGUGCGUUGGGGCGAUAGAGGAAUUUGAAUUCCUACCACUGAACUCUGGGAAGCAUCUUCACCUGACCAUAGCAGUGACAGGUUGGCUCUGCAGUGGUAAAUACAGUUCGUUCCAGGCCCCGUGGUGCAGUCUGGGCGAGUGCGGGGAACAAUACUGCCUGGUGUGGGAGUCACGUUUCCUCAGGGAUCUUGGCUCAGCCAUGGCCUCUCUGCUGGAUGGUCUAGUCAGCAUGGUUGCCCAGGAAGCCCUCAAGUACACAGUCCUCUCAGGCAUCGUGACGGCUCUGACGUGGCCUGCCUCUUUGCUGGCAGCAGCCAGCGUCAUUGACCAUCCCUGGUGUGUUUGUCUAAACCGCUCAGCUGAGGUGGGAAAACACCUGGCACAGGUUUUGAGAAGCAGACAGCAGGGGAAGCGACCUGUCAGUCUCAUAGGUUUCAGUCUUGGGGCCAGAGUGAUCUACUUCUGUCUACAGGAGCUUGCCAAUGACCAAGGUGGUGAAGGAGUAGUGGAGGACGUGGUCCUCUUGGGGGCCCCUGUAGACGGCUCUGAGAAGGCCUGGGAGAGAAUAACCAGGGUAGUGUCGGGAAAAAUAGUAAAUGGGUACUGCAGAGGGGACUGGCUCCUGGGGUUCUUGUACCGAAGCUCAGCUGCACAACUGUCUGUUGCUGGACUACAGCCAAUCAACGACCAGGAUGGGCGCAUAAUCAACGUGGAUCUCUCGUCCGUGGUGAAAGGUCACUUGGACUACAUGCGUCAGAUGGACACCAUUUUGGUUGCAGUAGGAGUCCCCACCAAAGAAGUCCCAGGAGCCUCCUUUGCUCUUCCUCACUCUGUAACAGUUACAAAGGAGACAGUAGACGUCCCUGACCAAACCCCCAAUGAGCAACAGGUGAAUGAGACACAAAACCCAGCUGAGGAGGCGGACACUUGUACAGCAGAAGGUGGAGAAAAGAAAGAGGUGGCAGAGACAGCAGAGAUGGGAGAUGGUUGGGAUAUCCCUGAUAUUUCAGAUCUGCUGGAUUCGCUGAAUGAUCCAGAGUCAGAGAGUCAAAUCGGAGCCAGGAACAAUUUACCAGUUACUUCUGAGGAGAAUGCCACUAAUCAUGAAAAGCAACCUACUUUUAUUGCCCAGUGUGAUGGCGUAGAGGAGGCUGAUCCAGAUAACGAACACAUAUCAUGGAGCUGGGAAGAUACACACUGGACUGCAGAGCACACACACCAACAAAGGAGGCCAAACUUGUAAAAAAGCAUGUUACAGGACCAGCUGCUUCCCUGUUAACUCUUUGUCAUCUCAAGUAUUUUUUUCAGCAUUCAAGUGAAAGUCCCUUAAGUGAAUUGCUCUGUUUAACCACUAAACAGUGUUUUUAGACAAAUUGUUAAUUUCAUAACAAUUUAGUUUUGUGAAUGAAGUCGAUUUUUUUUUUUUUACAAACUGUAAAUAGUGUCAUAAUUUAUUUUCUGAACUCGCUGUGACAUCAAAUAACUGUAAAUAUUACUGGUGUUUUGCAGGUUUUAGAGGAUGCUGUAAAAUAGGUAAUAUAUCUCCGUUCAUUUCGUCCUUCUAAUUUCCAUCCAUUUGCUUGGUUGCUAUGGAUAUUAUCACAGUAAUUUGAUUUCCAUAAGGCUGGGGGUAAUUCAGUGAAGGUGUCAGUCUUCUUCAAGGCCUUUUUUCUUUUCUCUUUUCCAUGCAUACCAAUGUGAAGCGCUGCCUUUUAUAGAGUUUACAUGUUAAGUUUACUUGAGCCAUAUAAUGGCACUGAUAACUGGAAUUAGUCUGACUAUUGGUAAUGCGCCUAUAUCAUUUUUCCAACCACAUUUCAUAAUCUGAAACAAACACACAAUUCAACAUAGAACAUACUGAAUUUGAAUCUGAAUGUGUCUUUUCAAAGACAUUUUUCUGUUACCAUAAACAAUUGACUUUAA